GGCUAGAGAAAAUGGAGAAAUUUAUAAAACCCUUCAAAAAUCUCAGCGUACAUCAAAAGCCCAUCUUAUCCAUGGCGCCAAUGGAGGUCACUCAAGCUCUGGUUUUGGUUCUAGAGUGAGAAAAUAUGGAUUCUUUCUCUCUCCUAAAAUCUGCUACAAACCCAGUAAUCAUGGCCGUCCAUGCAUCCUCAUGCCGGGCCAUUUCGCAACGAACGUUUUCAACUUUUAGGUGUGCUAAUGUUUUGACUAUUCUACCUACUUCAAGGAGGUCUUUCAAGAAAAACUUUAUUUUUCUUAAGGACAAGUCUCUCUCUACUUGUUCAAGUGAAGAUUUUGGUUAUACUUCAAAGCGAAGAGCUCGUGGACCUGUCAUGGCUGCCAAAAAAUUAUCAGAAGGUGCACAGAAAGAGGAUGGAAAAUACAAGCACACGGUGGAUUUACCAAAGACUUCAUUUGGUUUGAGAGCAAAUGCUGUGAUGAGAGAGCCAGAAAUACAAAAGUUGUGGGAGGAUAAUGAGGUCUUGAAGAGGGUUGUUGAUAGAAAUAACAGGGGGAGUUUUGUUCUUCAUGAUGGUCCUCCUUAUGCCAAUGGUGAUUUGCAUAUUGGCCAUGCUUUGAACAAGAUUCUAAAAGACAUUGUUAAUCGCUACAAGCUUCUUCAAGGUUACAAAGUCCAUUCUGUGCCGGGGUGGGAUUGCCACGGUCUACCUAUUGAGCUUAAAGUUCUUCAGUCAUUGGAUCAAGAUGCCAGGAAGGAGCUAACACCAAUAAAAUUGAGAAAGAAAGCUACCAAGUUUGCUAAAGACACUGUUGAUGUUCAACGUAAAUCUUUCAAGCGUUAUGGGGUAUGGGGUGAUUGGUCCAAUCCUUAUCUAACGCUUACUCCGGAAUAUGAAGCUGCCCAGAUUGAAGUAUUUGGCCAGAUGGCUAUGAAGGGAUACAUUUAUAGGGGCCUGAAACCUGUUCACUGGAGUCCAUCCUCAUGUACUGCCCUUGCAGAGGCAGAGUUGGAGUAUCCAGAUGGGCACAUUUCCAAGAGCAUAUAUGCCAUUUUCAAAGUGGUCCAUGUGCCUGAAAAUGCAUAUGGCUUGUUUGGUGAUUUUUUACCAAAUUUGUCCUUGGUGAUAUGGACUACAACUCCCUGGACCAUCCCAGGAAAUGUUGCUGUUUCAGUGAAUGCUGAACUUCUCUAUGCGGUCAUUGAAGUUACCUCUCUCACAGAAGGAGGGUCUACAUCACAAGGGAGCAGCAAACUGGGAAAAAUUAUGAGAUGUGGAAAGAAGGUGCCUUAUCUCAUUGUAGCGACAGAGCGUGUACCGGCACUACAGUCAAUGUGGAAUGCAAAAAUUGAAGUCAAGAAGACCUUCCGCGGUUCAGAACUAGAAAACUGCAGGUAUGUUCAUCCAGUGGAUGGCAGGGAAAACCCUGUUGUUCUUGGUGGAGAUUAUAUUACCGCUGAGUCAGGAACCGGACUUGUCCAUACUGCUCCUGGUCAUGGUCCAGAAGAUUAUGCAACUGGCUUGAAAUAUGGAUUGCCUGUACUUUCUCCUGUGGAUGACAAUGGAAUAUUCACUGAAGAAGCUGGUCGGUUUAGUGGCCUAGAUGUUUUAGGAGAAGGAACAGUUGCUAUUGCAAAUUACUUAGAUGAUCAAAUGUCAAUCCUUUUAGAAGAAUCAUAUGAACACAAGUAUCCUUACGACUGGAGAACAAAGAAACCUACUAUAUUUCGGGCGACUGAGCAAUGGUUUGCUUCUGUAGAAGGUUUUAGGCAAGCGACUAUGGAUGCCAUCAACCAAAUAACAUGGAUUCCAGAACAGGGGAAAAAUAGAAUUGCUGCAAUGGCAUCCACGCGGGCUGAUUGGUGUAUUUCACGGCAAAGAUCAUGGGGUGUGCCUAUUCCUUGUUUCUAUCAUGUACAAUCGAGGGAACCACUGAUGAAUAAAGAAACCAUUGACCAUAUUAAGUCUAUCAUAUUGGAAAAGGGUAGUGAUGCUUGGUGGUACAUGACUACAGAGGAACUACUUCCAGAGGCAUAUCACAAAGUGGCUGCUGAUUACCAAAAAGGAACAGAUACAAUGGAUGUUUGGUUUGACUCUGGGUCCUCGUGGGCUGCUGUGUUGGAGAAACGAGAUGGCCUUAACUGCCCUGCAGAUUUGUAUCUUGAAGGAUCAGAUCAGCAUCGAGGAUGGUUUCAAAGUUCAUUGUUAACCUGUAUUGCUACUAGAGGAAAGGCUCCCUACCGAAGUGUUUUAACACAUGGUUUUGUACUAGAUGAGAAGGGUCUUAAGAUGAGUAAAUCCAUGGGGAAUGUUGUGGACCCGAGAACUGUUAUCGAAGGAGGGAAGAAUCCCAAGGAUGCACCUGGAUAUGGAGCAGAUGCCUUGCGCCUUUGGGUAUCAAGUGUAGAUUAUUCUGGUGACGUGUUGAUAGGGUCUCAAAUUCUUCGUCAGAUGUCAGAUAUAUAUAGAAAGCUUCGAGGAACUUUGCGAUAUCUCUUGGCUAAUCUGCAUGAUUGGAAACCUGAGGCUUCUGUUGGUUAUAGUGAACUUCCAAUGAUUGACAAGCAUGCAUUAUUCCAUCUGGGAACUGUGGUAAACAGCAUCAAAGACCACUAUGAAACUUAUCAGUUCUGCAAGAUUUUCCAGAUUGUGCAACGCUUCGCAAUUGUAGAUUUAUCAAAUUUCUACUUUGACGUUGCCAAAGAUAGACUUUACGUUGGGGGUACAACAAGUCUAAACCGAAGAAGUUGUCAAACCGUCCUUGCAGCACAUCUCCUCUGUAUUGUUAGGGUGAUUGCUCCAAUAUUACCACAUUUGGCUGAAGAUGUAUGGCAACACCUGCCUUUUCAGCAUAUGUUGCAAGAUGGUUCCAUUGCCGAAUUUGUUUUUGAGUCACGUUGGCCGGAUCUUAAUAAACAGUGGCUGGGUAUACCAGCUGAGGAGGUUGAUUACUGGGGAAAAUUACUUGAGUUAAGAGGAGAGGUGAAUAAAGUUUUGGAGACUGCUCGUGUUGCAAAGGCAAUAGGAUCAAGCUUAGAUGCAAAGGUUUAUUUUUAUACAUCCCAUGAAGGCAUGGCGUCGAAAUUGUAUAAUAUGUGCUUUGCUAGCUGUGACGCAGAUAGGUUGCAUCGGAUAUUUAUAACAUCCCAGGCUGAAGUUCUGUCCUCAUUAGAUGAUGACAUAAUUGCCAAUAUUCCUUACACGGGAGAGUUUGAUUUUGAAGGGAAGCACAAAAUUUGGAUUGGCGUAUCACGUGCAGGAGGAGAAAAAUGUGAGAGGUGCUGGAAUUACACUCCACAGGUCGGUUCAUUUAUGGAUCAUCCUACGCUUUGUUGGCGCUGUUAUCAUGCUGUGGUUGGAUCCCAACCUCUUGCUGCUGUUGCUGGUGCCCAUUAAAUCCCCACACAUACACACACACACAGUUUUUAUUCUUAAGUGCUCCAUGGAAAUGUACGUGGAGUUUGAUUGAAUUAGGGUUUUUUGGUCCUUCAUUGUGGAAAUGUACAUUCUUUGAGUGGAUUAGUUUAUCAUUUGAAUUAGUGAAGGCUCAAAAAGAGCAAGGGGUAGGUGUCAAAAGACAAGAUUGGGAGUAAUGAAAAAAGAUAUGGGGACU